AUGGCUUCUGCUGCUGUUACCCAUACCCGGCAAACUGACGUGAAGCAAGAAAACAGUCUGUCUCUGGUCCAGGAAGCAGGCGCUGCAGGGGACGGAAGGGUCGGAACCCACAGAGCUGUGAGGCCAAGCAGCUGGGCGGAGGUGCCCAAAGCCAGCUUGGGGAGGAGAAGUGGGUGGGUUAGGGGCCGGGCGGGGCCGGGGGUGGGGACGCCCGGGGGAAGGGAAAAGGCAGCCGAGCGCGGGUCGGAGCGCGAAGCAGAGGGGGCGCAGGCAGUGCUCGGCGCGGACUGCGAGCCGAGGGGCUGGCGGAGUGCCUUGGGGCGCAGUGCGGGGCACCCGCGAGCCCAGGGCGUAGAGUCCAACAGACUGCGCUCCUGGGAGCCUUACAGAUGGGCAGGUAAGACGCACUCGCCAGGUAGGGAAGGCCUAGCAGACGCCAGGGAUAGAAAUGAGCGAUCCGACCGCCUCCCUGGAGGCCGGCGACCCGACCUUGGGGGCGGCUCGGGUACAGACCCCUCCUCUCUAGGACCCAGCCACAGGGAUCCCGGGGCGCACGUGGCGAGGCUGGGCCCCUGGCACGCCUUGCCCGGAAACCUGGGGUUUGGGGUCAGCACUCACAGGCCCGGGGAGGGCGGCACCAAAGCUCCUUCCACAUCCACAGAUGUGCGAGCGAACACCUGCGGCUCCGCCGCGAGCGCACACGCGCGUCUUCUCGCCCGGCGGGAGCCACUUGCUCUACGGGUGGACUUGCCAGCUCGCCACUUCAUUGUGUCUCUCGUCCUAGGUGCCCCAGUCCCGGGAAAAGCCUUGGGGGCCCCCUUAGCCAUAUUCUACCGCUAG